AUGCAGCACCUCGACGGCGCCCCGUCCGCCCCCAGCGGACCUCGCCUUCAGCAGAGCUUCCAGAAGCAGAUGAAUGGAAAUACUGGCUUCUCGCACGGCGCGUUCCACACGAACCAACCCGGCGGCUAUGCCGAUAGGCACCCCGAGAGAUCCAACAUUCCUAGCAUCAACACUGGCAGACUCGCUCCCGGCAACCACAACACCGAAUUGCAGACACCUGGCACUGGCUUCGACAUGAACUUCACCCCGCUUUUGCCCUCUCAGCUGCUUCUCGGAAGCCCUUUCCAGCCCGGCUCCCCGAAUGCCUUCACCUCGCCUCAGUUUCAGAGCUUUGCCAACUUUGCCGGACAGAAUCAGGUGCAGCAGCAGCAACAGAGCCAGCAGAAUGCCAUGGGCAGCCCGCAGAUGCAGCAGGGCCCCCUUUCGCCCGGCCUGUACCAAGGCCUCGUCUCUCCGACGAGCGGCUUCUUCGCCGGACCCCAGUCGCCCACUGGAGGAUUCCCUGGUUAUGGACAGCAGGGCCUCGGCGGUCUUGGAUCAUCCCUUCCCAUCGCUCCCGGAUUAGUCUCCGGAACGAGCAGGACGGUCUACUUGGGCAACAUCCCACCGGAGACGUCUGCUGAGGAGAUUCUUGGCCACGUGAGAAGUGGCCAGAUCGAGUCAGUUAGGCUCCUCCCGGACAAGAACUGUGCUUUUAUCUCCUUCCUUGACAGCAGCUCGGCCACCCACUUCCACUCUGACGCAAUCUUGAAAAAGUUGUCGAUCCGUGGCCAGGACAUUAAGAUUGGGUGGGGCAAGCCGUCGCAGGUACCGACAUCAGUUGCGCUUGCUGUGCAGCAGUCAGGCGCCUCUCGCAACGUGUACUUGGGCAACUUAUCCGAAGAUGUGACUGAGGAGGAGCUGCGCGAAGAUCUCAGCAAGUUCGGACCUAUUGACACUGUAAAAAUUGUGCGUGAGAAGGCAAUUGGUUUUGUUCACUUCUUGUCUAUCGGCAAUGCGAUCAAGGCGGUCGCUCAGCUUCCACAAGAGCCCAAGUGGCAGGCUCCCAGGCGCGUCUACUACGGAAAGGAUCGAUGCGCAUAUGUCUCGAAGACGCAGCAGCAGAAUGCGGCACAGUACCUUGGCAUUGCCCCUGGAUACGCUCACGUCCUGAACGGCGCCGAUCGUGACAUGAUCUCGAACGCUCUUGCUCAACAGUCGGUUGCCGCUGCAGCGGUUGCGACUUCCGCUGGAGGCGUGAACAACCUUGGCAACCGAACGGUUUACCUGGGCAACAUCCACCCUGAGACGACCAUUGAGGAGAUCUGCAAUGUUGUCCGCGGUGGCUUGCUUCAUCACAUCCGAUAUAUCCCCGAUAAGCACAUCUGCUUCGUGACAUUCAUCGACCCUACCUCUGCUGCAUCAUUCUACGCGCUGAGCAAUCUUCAGGGUUUGAUGAUCCACAAUCGCCGUCUCAAGAUCGGAUGGGGUAAGCACUCUGGUGCCCUUCCUCCUGCCAUCGCUCUCGCUGUGAGUGGCGGUGCAUCGCGCAACGUUUACAUCGGAAACCUGGAUGAAUCGUGGACCGAAGAGCGGUUGAGGCAGGACUUCUCCGAAUAUGGCGAGAUUGAGUUGGUUAACACCCUGCGCGAGAAGAGCUGUGCGUUCGUCAACUUCACCAACAUUGCCAAUGCCAUCAAAGCCAUCGAGGCUGUACGAGGUCGCGAGGAGUACAAGCGGUUCAAGGUCAACUUCGGUAAGGAUCGUUGCGGUAACCCGCCGCGUCAGAUGAACAACAACCAGGGUCAACCCCAGCACCCUGGCAGCGAUGGCAUUCAGUCGCCCUCACCCACCAGCGGUCUUCAACCCAACCGCAGCAACACCGGUCCUUCCGUGUCUCCGACUGGAUCUGCCGCACCUGUCUCUGGUGGAAGCACUAACGGGCAGUUCCCCAACGUCCAGGCGCCUACCCCCUCUACCAUCUUGAACACGGGUGUGAACAACCCUCUGAUGUUGUAUCUCCAAGCCCAGCAAAACCAGCAGCAGCAACAGGCCGAAGUGAGCAUUCAGCAACAACAACAAUCCCAGCAGCAACAGCAGCAGGGAUACCCUUCGCCUCAGUCAGCUUUCUACAGCGCUGACCUGAACCCGUCGCCUCAACCACACACAUCUCAUGGUGGCCACCAGAGCACCUCCAGCUUCAGCCUCAUCAAUGGAACCUCAAGCCAGUCUGGCGCGACGACCGUCGGUGGCCUUUUGGCUCCAUCAAACCUGAACGCUCGCGCUCAGCAUUCGCGUGCAGUCAGCCUGCCGGUGUUCACCCAAGGACCCUUCAACCAACCUGUGCAAUCAUCGCAGGCCCCUCAACAAAAUUCCUUCGGUAGCUUGAGCUCCGGUAUCGGUGGUUUCGGCAGUGGAAAUGGUGGCUAUGGCCUCGCCAUCCAGGGUGACGGUGGUCUUCCCGGAUGGGCCGAGGAAGAGAUUGGUGCGCAGUAA